AUGGCUUCUUCACUACGUCUUGGUGCUUCGGCAUUGAGGUCCUCCUUUGCUGCCCCAGCGUUCAGUUCCAGAACCGCCGCCUUCAAUGGCUUGCGAUGCUAUUCCUCCGCGAAAACCCAGACCCUGAAGGAAAGAUUCGCUGAGCAACUGCCAGAGAAGAUUGAGCAGAUCAAGGCGCUUCGCAAGGGCUAUGGACACAAGGUCGUCGGCGAAGUAACUCUCGACCAGGUCUAUGGUGGUGCUCGGGGUAUCAAAUCUCUGGUCUGGGAGGGCUCAGUUCUUGAUGCUGAGGAGGGUAUCCGUUUCCGAGGGAAGACCAUUCCAGAAUGCCAGGAGCUUCUCCCCAAGGCCCCCGGUGGAAAGGAGCCUCUGCCAGAAGGUCUUUUCUGGCUUCUCCUGACCGGCGAGGUCCCAAGCGAGCAACAAGUCCGCGAUCUCUCCGCCGAAUGGGCUGCACGCUCCAACGUCCCCAAAUUCGUUGAGGAGCUCAUCGACCGAUGCCCUACCGAUCUCCACCCGAUGGCACAAUUCUCCAUCGCAGUCAAUGCUUUGGAACACGAGUCGUCGUUCGCAAAGGCAUAUGCUAAGGGCAUGAAGAAGAACGAGUACUGGGGCCACACUUUCGAGGACUCGAUGGACUUGAUUGCCAAGCUCCCCACCAUCGCCGCACGCAUCUACCAAAAUGUCUUCAAGGGCGGAAAGGUUGCUCCCGUCCAAAAGGACAAGGACUACAGUUUCAACUUUGCCAACCAGCUUGGUUUCGGCGAGAACAAGGACUUUGUCGAGCUGAUGAGACUUUACCUUACCAUCCACACCGACCACGAGGGUGGCAAUGUGAGCGCCCACACCACGCACUUGGUCGGCUCUGCUCUCAGCUCCCCCAUGCUGUCCCUUGCCGCUGGUCUUAACGGCCUUGCUGGCCCUCUCCACGGUCUUGCCAACCAGGAAGUCUUGAACUGGCUUACCAAGAUGAAGGCUGCCAUUGGCGAUGAUCUCAGUGAUCAAGCCAUCAAGGACUACCUCUGGUCUACGUUGAACGGCGGCCAAGUUGUCCCUGGUUACGGCCAUGCCGUUCUCCGCAAGACUGAUCCCCGCUACAUGGCCCAGCGAACUUUCGCCGAGAAACAUCUCCCAGAUGACCCCAUGUUCAAGUUAGUCAGCCAGGUCUACAAGAUUGCUCCCGGCGUCCUCACCGAGCACGGAAAGACCAAGAACCCAUACCCCAACGUUGAUGCUCACUCUGGUGUCCUCCUCCAAUACUAUGGUCUUACCGAGGCCAACUACUACACUGUCCUCUUCGGUGUCUCCCGAGCCAUUGGUGUCCUCCCCCAACUGAUCAUUGACCGCGCCGUUGGCGCUCCUAUUGAGCGACCAAAGUCCUUCUCUACCGAGAAGUGGGCGGAGAUUGUCGGAGCCAAGAUCUAA